AUGAGUAGUUGUUCAUCCACAAGUAUUAAGCGUGUAAGAAAAAAGCCUUUAUCAUCAGCAACUAAUAAUAAUAUUAGUAUCCCUGACGAUGUGUUAUUAAGCAACAUAUUCUUUCGAUUACGAGCUAAACAGCUUGCUCAAUUGAGGUCCCUCUCUAAAACCUGGAAUGCCCAUUUGUCCCAUCCCUCUUUUAUCCAAUCUCAUUUCGACCGUUCAAUCAAUACCAACGAGAACGAAAUUCUAGUGCUUUUUUGCGAUGAUAAUCAUCCAUAUACGGAACCUUAUACUGCCCACCCCUCUGCAUCUCCUUGUGAAGACGUCACUUAUCUAAUCAAAGACCCACUUGGAGGCAUUACUAUAAUCGGUUCGGUUAAUGGCUUGAUAUGCUUAUCUAAUUACGUAAACCAUCCUGAUUCCUUUUACGUCUGGAACCCAUCUCUCUCAGCCUCAAUAGCUCUCCCACCCUAUACUAAAAUAGUUAAAUGUAAAGACGCCCUCAAAUAUGGUUUAAGUUUUCGGUUUGGAUUUGAUCCCAAAACUAGUGAUUAUAAACUUGUUAAGAUGAGAUACAUUAUGGAUACUCUGAAUAAUAUAAUUGAAGAAUUUCUUCCCGUAGAGGUUUAUAGUACGCAAAAGGAUUCAUGGGAAUUCAUCACCGAAAAGUUUCCAUCCCAUAUUACAUGGGUUUACACCCAUAACCAAAACGAUGAAGUGAGUCGCCGAAGAAAUGCUUUGGGAGUAUUGUCCCGAAAGCUUUGUGUGAUAUCCUGCAUUCGUGAUGGUGAUUGUGAGGUGUGGGUGAUGGAUAAGUAUAAGGUGGCUAGUUCAUGGAUGAAAAUACAUGUGUUAUCCGGGUAUAGUGGUAAUAUUGAUCCGAUUGGAUUCACUUUGAACGGCAAGUUCCUUUUUGGACAUGAUCUUCGUCUAGCUCUGUACGAUCCAAAUGCAGCCGCAUCUAAACUGUUUAAGGCUACCAGAACAGAUGACACACUAACCAGAGUUGCUCUGUAUAUUGACAACCUCGGUUGGCCGGUAGCACGCAAUGUGAGGCAUCAGUUGUGA